AUGAGACGACAGAUAUUUGAAUCCAAUUACCGGCUGAUAGUCCGCCAUAACAUGGAAGCAGACAAUGGGAUCCAUUCGUAUCGAUUGGGUGUCAAUCAGUUCGCAGACAUGACUGACGAGGAAUUCAAUGAAAUCCUCUUUCGUUUCCAACUGAAGAAUUAUCACAAGAAUGGUGUCAAAUAUACCCACAAAAUGUCAAACGAAGAAUUGCCUAAAAGUGUCGACUGGAGAGACAAAGGAGCGGUCACUCCAGUCAAAGAUCAGGGAAAUUGUGGGUCGUGUUGGGCCUUCUCUACCGUUGCCUCCAUUGAAGGACAGUUAGUCAUCAAAACCGGGAAACUGGUGCCCCUUUCGGCGCAAAACCUCCUCGACUGCAGCAGAGCUCAGGGCAGUCGCGGGUGCAGUGGAUCCCUACCAGACCUGGCCUUCGAGUACGUGAUGGCGAACCACGGCAUCGACUCAGAGGACAGUUAUCCUUACGUCGGAAGCGAACAGAACUGCAGCUAUAAUGCGAAGUCAAAAGUCGUGUCGAUCGCCGAUUACGUGAACGUGGAGUCGGGCGACGAACUGGCCCUCAAGGGAGCGGUA